GUUUUCGAAGAUUUCGCAAUUCCAAUUUGACGGAUUUUGAUACGUUUCCUGAUUCGACGGGUUAUUGGAGAUUAAAGAGAACCAACAAAAUGACAGACGAAGUGAACUUGAGGAUUUUAAACAAUAAGCAAUUAAAGGACACGUCACAAAGAUCUGCCGUUGAUAUAUCAAAGCAAAUGCAGAAAACUAUGCUACAAUUAAAGGGUGAGUUCAUAUUAGAUGAUGGAAAAGGGGUGGACUAUCAGAAGGUAAAAGACAGCAAACUGUUCCAUGAUUACAGGGACAAUUUGGCACCCCAACUUCAGUACGUCGGGCUGGACAACAUCUCUGAGAAUGAGAAGAAAGCCUUCUUUAUAAACAUUUAUAAUGCAUUAACCAUCCAUGGCCUAGUUGAACAGUCCACAUUACCACAAUCAGUGCUAAAGGUUCAACAUUUCUGGGUAUCCACAGGAUACAAUAUUGGAGGCCUUAACUACAGCCUUGAUGACAUAGAACAUGGGAUACUGAGAGGAAACCGUGGUCACCCAGCUUCACUCAGUCCACAGUUUAAGCCAGGGGACCCUAGACUGAAGUAUAUAGCUAAACAACUUGAUCCCAGAAUACACUUUGCUCUUGUUUGUGGUGCCAGGUCUUGCCCAGCUAUCAAUGUUUACUCUGGGGAGAACAUUGACAGAGCGCUAGACGGAGCAACUCGCAGUUUCUGUGCACAAGAAGUGUCCAUGUUUACCGAGGUAGAUCAAAUCUGGCUGUCGAGAAUUUUCCAGUGGUAUUCUCAAGACUUUGGUCAUACAGACAUAGACGUCAUGAGGUGGAUAGUACCGUACCUUGAAAAACAUGUGCAAGAUCGAGCAGAGAUUCUUUUGUUUAAAUUGGAUAAAAUAAAACCUAUAGACAUCAGGUAUAAUGAGUAUGACUGGAACUUGAAUGGACUCAAACCGAAGUACGACCCUACAGAAAUUCAUCCAAACGACUUGAUGGAAAUGGAGAACAAAUAGAAGUUAAAUACCUUACAGAAUUGUGGACUUUAUGAAAUUUAAGAAGUAUUCACAUCAGGCAGAUUGCAUGUUGGAGUACUAUUCAUGGAUUUUAUAUGCAUCUAUAUAAAAAAGUUAUUUCCAUUCUUUAUUUCAUGCUUCGUUCUGGCAUUUUUGCAUUCAGUUGUUGCUACCUCAUUUUACCUUUGUUUUUUGGGGAUGUUAGAAUUGUAACAGUUAAAUUUAGAUGGGUCUUGAGUUAACAAGAGGUCACAUGUAUAGACAGUUACUGUGAAAUAGUUGCUUGUAACAGUUUAGGACUGGUCCCCUUGAACUUGUUGACUGCAUCAGUUUUCUGUGAAAUUACGUUACAAAAGAGAAAAAUAAUAAAGUUUACUUUGAAUUCAUGUCUUCACGAAAUAGCCAUCCGUCACAAAAUUGUGUGCAGAGAAAAUUAACUGGUGUCACAGAAUGCAUAAAGCUUUAUCACUGACAUUCUUUUAUUACUUUAUGCCAGUUCACAUGAAGACGAUCAUUUAUUCUGUUAUAAUGUGUACGAUGAUAUUCAAUCUAGAUAUUACGAACAAAGCAUUAAAAGUUGUCAAUUUGCAAUUAGAAGUACCUUUCAUGCCAUAUAUCAUUUGUUGAAAAAUCAUUGCUAGUUCAAGCUUUUGUCACUGUUUUUAAACUUGUUUGAUUUUAAUAUUUUUAGUUAAAGGUAAGUUUGUUAGUAUCUAACUGCAGGUUCAGGUAUAUGUAUAAAUUAGAGAAUUAGUUAUAUGGUGCAGUAAAUGCUAUAUGUCAAAAUUCAACAAAGAUGGUCUGUAGCAUUCUGGCAUGGACAUCUCUCAGUUUAUAUUGUUUUGCUUGACCCACUUUAUGGGCUGCUAGUGCUAAAAGUAGUAAAACCUUUAACAAAUUUUUUCUCAGUUAAAAUAGAAAUACCUUAAAAUAACUUCUUCUCAUUAACCACUUGAUGGAUCUUCACCAAACUUGAUCUGUAGCAUCUUCAGAUGGAUCUCAAUCAAAUUUGGGAAAGUGGUUGAACUUGGCCCCUUUUUAAAAGUAGAAAAUAUCUUUAACCAUCUACUUCUUAUGAAGAAAUUAUGAAUGUUGAAAUUGUUCCGUGUGGUGUCCAGAGGUAAAAUUAGAAAAAAAAAUUUAAACAACCUCUUCUCAUGAACCAACUGAUGGAUAUUCUCCAAGUUUCGUCCAUAGCAUACUUGUAUGAACCUUCCCCAAGUUUGUUCCAAUGGUUAUGCAUAGGGGCUGCAAGAGCCAUAAAUAGAAGAAAAAAACUUAAAUAACUUCUUACAAACCAGUUUGAUGGAUCUUUGCCACACAUGAUCUAAACUUGUUUAGAUCUCUCAGAUUUUUUCAAAUAGAUGUUAUGUUCAGUUUAUCAUAUUUAGUGGCAUUAUGCUUUGUUAUGUUGGCCUUGUUGUUUGUUGUGAUCUGUUGUUGAAAUUAUUGUUUGUUCAAUUGAGUAUGUUGAGUUCAAACAGAUUUAUUUAGACUUUUGAUAGAACUGGGUUUUUUAUUUUCUCUAGCUGUUUUAUGUGUGUAUAUUUGAGGAUUCUGAGUUGAAAAAUUGAUUAAGAAUAUAAUUAUGUAUAGUUAGAGUAGAAGAAGUGUUCAUGUAGCGGACUUGCCAGUUAUAGAAGUAUUAUUGUAUUCAUUUUAUUUUUUGUUUGUUUUGAUAUUGAACGAGAGUAGUGUUUCAUUAUUAAACACAAACAAAGCAGACAUACUUUUCAGCAGCAUGCUAAGUUUGUGUAAUUGAAUGGUGCCAGUUUCUUUUGUAAAAUUAGUGUAUAUGUGACAAGAAAUUUGAGCCGCACCACGAGAAAACCAACAUAAUGUGUUUGCGACCAGCAUGGAUCCAGACAAGCCUGCACAUCCACGCAGUCUUGUCAGGAUCCAUGCUGUUCGCUUUCAAACCCUAUUGCAAUUAGAGAAACUGUUAGCGAACAGCAUGGAUCCUGACCAGAUUGUGCAGAUGCGCAGGCUGGUCUGGAUCCAUGCUGGUUGCAAAUGCACUAUGUUGGUUUUCUCAUGGUGCGCUCAAAUUUAUUGUUUUGUUGAGUGUUUGAAGUGAAGUGUGUUAUCUAAUUUUUCUUGACAUGUUAAAGACCUUAAGUAUCUAAGUUUUCAGCUGGAAUAUAUUCCAGAGGGGUGGGGGUGAUCUUGGGAGACUCAAUUUUAUGUGGUUGGGAUAAAACAAAGUAAAUAUCAUUUGAUUCAAAGCACCUGUGUAUGUGGUCUGUCUUUCACUAAAUUUUCUGGUAACAGCAUUAAAGGUUUCUGUUUUUGUAUGUCAUAUAAUUGCUCAUCAAGAAAUCUUUUGUAAAUUUGGUAGUCAGUAUAGACAAAGCAUUUGUGUUUGUACCAUAAAAUUAUAUUCCUAAAAAUUACUCUCUUUUCUUGAUUGCUGUAUUUUGCCAGUUCUGAAAAUUUGAUAUUUUACUGUUUUCAUUUAUGUAAAUGCAUCCUGUGGCUUGUAUUUUUUUUUUUCAAAAAAACAUUUUAUGUUAGAAACUUUGACAAUAGAGAGGCUAAUAUUUUAGUAUACAGUUUAACCUGUGCAUGUGGCCAGCUGUCAUUGAACUUCCUCGACCACUUUUAUUCUUAAAAUUACUUGUACUAAACAGUCACCUGUCGUAUGUCCAGCUGGCUUAUGGAAGGUUGGUGAUUCAACCUAGGUGCAUGACACUGCCUGAGAUAAUGGCAGAAAGUUUUCCGCACCAUCAAAAGCUGGAAAGUUGCCAUAGGACCCAUAAUUUUGUAAGGGUGAUGUUAAACCAAAUUUAAAAAUAUUUUCAUUUUCCUACUUGCUACAAUUUUGAUUGAAAAUAUCUCUUUUAUUUUACAUAUCUUACUAUUUUCAUAAAAUUUUACUACAAGGCCCUUUUUGUUUGUUUGUUUGUUAUAGGUUUUAGUAUUGUUUUCAACAGUACUUUAGUUUUGUAAUAACAAGCAGUUAACCUAGCCAGUGCUCCUAUAUUCUGUACUAGUAUUUACCUUUACUCCCAAAGUAACUGCCAACUUCUCCACGUGAAUCAGAGGUGGAAGAGUUUCAAACUUAAACUAUGGAGGUUAACAAGAUUUUCCUUUGAUCUGGCCUGCUGACCUGUUUUUUGAUCCUAACUGACACAGUGUCAAACUUUACCUAGAGAUCAUCUAUACAAACAUUCUGACCAAGAUUCAUAAAGGUUGGGUUACAACUGUGGCCUCUAGAGUGUUAACAAGCUUUUCCUUUGAUUUGAGCAGGUGACCUAGUUUUUGAUCCCACAUGACCCAGAUUCGAACUUGACCUAGAGGACAUAAAGACAAACACUUUAAACAAUUCUCAUGAAUUUCCAACUUAAACUGUGGACUCUUGAGUGUUUACAAGAUUUUCCUUUGAUCUGGCUUACUGACUUAGUUUUUGACCAUACAUGAUAGUUUUUGACUAUACAUGAUCCAGUUUCGAACCUGACCAAGAGAUCUUCAAGACAAACUUUCUGACAAAGUUUUGUAAGAUUGGGUCACAGAUGUGGCCUCUAGAGUGUUAACAAGGUAAAUGUUGACGGAUGACGCAUGUCGCAUGAUGAACGCAGCCGGACAAUGACUGGUCACAAUAGCUUACCUUGAGCACUUCGUGCUCUGGUGAGCUAAAAAGUGGAAUUCGCUGACUGGGCACAUAUAGUUUUAAAAAAUACUCAUGUUGAAUUAAUAAAAUAUUAGAACCUCACUGGAAUAUUAUCCCACCAUAAGAUGAAGAUACAUGAGGGCCAUGAAGGCCCUGUAUCGCUCACCUGACCUAUUGACCUAAAGAUCAUCAAGAUUAACAUUCUGACCAAGUUUUCAUUAAGAUAUGGUCAUAAAUGUGGUCUCUAAAGUGUUAACUAGCUUUUCCUUUGAUUUGACCCGGUGACCUGGUUUUUGAAGUGACAUGACCCAGAUUCGAACUAGACCUAAAGAUCAUCAAGUUUAACAUUCUGACUAAGUUUCAUGAAGAUACAGUCAUAAAUGUGGCAUCUAGAGUGUUAACAAGCUUUUCCCUUGAUUUGACCUAGUUUUUGAUCCCACCUGACCCAGAUUUGAACUUGACCAAUAGAUCAUCAAGGUAACAUUCUGACCAAGUUUCAUUAAGAUAUGGUCAUACAUGUGGCCUCUACAGUGUUAACAAGCUUUUCCUUUGAUUUGACCCGGUGACCUGGUUUUUGACCCCAGAUGACCCAAUAUCAAACUCGUCCAAAAUUUACUGAGGGUAUCAUUCUGACUAAGUUUCAUUAAGAUUGGACCAAAAUUGUGACCUCUAGAGUGUUAACAUGCUUUUCCUUUGAUUUGACCUGGUGACCUAGUUUUUGACCCCAGAUGACCCAAUAUCGAACUCUUCCAAGAUUAUUUUGAGGGUAACAUUCUGAUUAAGUUUCAUUAAGAUCGGGCCAAAAUUGUGACCUCUGGAGUGUUAAAAAGCUUUUCCUUUGAUCUGACCUAGUGACCUAGUUUUUGAACCAAGAUGACUCAAUAUUAAACUCUUCCAAGACUUUAUUGAGAGUAACAUUCUGACUAAGUUUCACUAAGAUCGGGUCAAAAUUGUGACCUCUAGAGUGUUAAUAAGCUUUAUCUUAGAUUUGACCUGAUGACCUAGUUUUUGACCCCAUAUGACCCAAUAUCAAACUCGUCCAAGAUUUUAUUGAGGGUAACAUUCUGACCAAAUUUCAUUAAGAUUGGGCCAAAAUUGUGACCUCUAGAGUGUUAACAGUCAAAUUGUUGACAACGGACAACUGACAGACAGAUGGACACUGAGCGAUCACAAAAGCUCACCUUUGAGCACUUCGUGCUCAGAUGAGCUAAAAAUGCGCACCACCUUUUGUUGCCAAGAAAUAUCCUGCUAGAAUGGCGCUAUAGUUCAUUAAAGUUGAACAAUCAAAGGGCAGUAACUCAGUGAUAAUCAUUCGACCAAAACAUGAAGAUAAUAUGCAACUUCCGAUGAAGUUUCUAUGGAUACCAGUCCAGGACAAAAAAAUGGUACUAUAGUGUACUAAAGUUGAAUUAUCAAAGGGCAGUAACUCAGUGAAUCAGCUGACUGGAACGCGCAUUUCCUCUUGGCAGUGAAGCUUCCUAUGAAGCUACUAUAAAUUCCAGCCAGUGGUUGCUGAGGAAUACUCUGGACAAGAAAUGGUACUAUAGUAAACUAAGUUGAAUUACCAGAGGGCAAUAAGUCAGUGAAAAAUCAUCUGGCUGGAAGUUGGAACAUCAAGAAAUAUGCACAUUUCCUCUUCGGAGUAUAUCUUCGAUAAAAGAUUGAUGAAUUCCAGGAAAUGGAACUUUUGUAUACUAUGUUAUGUAAUCAAAGGACAAUAACUUUGAAAAAUCAUCCGACCAGAAUAUGAAGAUAAUAUGUGCAUCUGAUAUAGCAAUAAUAUCAAACAAGAGAUUUAAAGAAACAAAACUUUUUAGUUGAUGAAAAAUGCCUGAAAUAAAACACUUGAGACACCAGGUCUGUAUGAACAAGUGACCGAGUAUAGCCGUGGCAAUACAUAAGUCCCAUACCGGUGAAAUUUUUUUUUACUUGACUUUCAAUAAUGACUUUGACAUAUGGCCGACAACAAUGGGUCAUGUGCGCGACAUAUAGCAUAAUCAUGGGGAACAUUUCUGUGUAGUACUAAAAAUAUCCUUUGAUGCAAUUAAUGUAGCAGAAACAAAUUUUUACUUGAUCUUGAACAGUGACCUUGACCUUUAACCGACAAGCAUAGAUCAAGCAUUGACACACUGUCUCAUCAUGGGGAACAUUUUUGUGUAGCACUAGAUAAUGCAUCAGCAGCAACAAAUUUUUCUUGACCUUCAAUAGUGACACUGACCUUUGACCUAUAAGCAUAAGUCAAGUACAUGCAUAUCUACUUAUUGCGCUCUAAUAGGCGUCAUUCCUAUAAUCCACUCCGGUGUUCCAGCCCGCCCGCUUAGCUCAGUAGGUAGAGCGUCGGUCUACGGAUUGCGGGGUCGUGAGUUCGAACCUCGGGCGGGGCGUAUGUUCUCCAUGACUAUUUGAUAAACAACAUUGUGUCUGAAAUCAUUAGUCCUCCACCUCUGAUUCAUGUGGGGAAGUUGGCAGUUACUUGCGGAGAACAGGUUUGUACUAGUACAGAAUCCAGGAACACUGGUUAGGUUAACUGCCCGCCGUUACAUGACUGAAAUACUGUUGAAAAACGGUGUUAAACCCAAAACAAACAAACAAACAAACUCCGGUGUUCCACCUGUAGGGGACUAUAAAAACCUACUGUUCUAUUUAUCGUCUGAUUUAAUAUCAUUUUUUUAAAAUAAAAUUUCCCAACAACUAGAGUAAUUAGCAGCUGAUAUCCAGGUAUGUGUUACUUCUAUAAGUAAGCUUAGUAUAACAUGCUUAAUAUUACCUUUAAACUUCAUUUUUUACGAUAUUUUAAGUUUUUUGUUUUUCAUCACGUUAUGUCUUACGGAUCAUAGUACAUGUUCAUUUAGCAAAACGGAAAUGCACAACUUCACACAAUAAAUACAUUAAGGUCUAGAGGUCCGGGCUAAGGGUGUAAUUAACGACAUAUCGAAAUUCACUGUAUCACGAUACAUUAUAUAUAUAUAUAGUCUGGCGAUAAGAGUAUGGUAUCAUAGGUCUGUUUUACGAUACAGUGAAAAGUAGAGAUCGACAUUGAAUGAAAACUUCCAUACAAUCACUGUUGAAGAUAGCAACUAAACAAAUGUAUCAUUUAUUACAGUUUCUUUAACUUUAAAGCAAAAUUUCAAGUACUUUCCAAGAGAAGGAACAUUAUUUUUUUUUUAAUUUUGUCACAUGAUAUGUAUUCACAGUAUUGUAUUGUGAGACUAAGCAUAUCGCUACAACUCUAGUCUGGGCAUCAAUUUACAACAUGUACAUGAACUAUUAAUUUAUUAUGUACUGUAUUACUGUGUAUAAGGUAAUUGCUGGUAAAAGUUAUGAUUUCUUGUCAUAAAGCAGAACGUUUUGGGACAGCGUGAUAACAUAUAUCUGACUGUCGCUGUCCCGUCACGUCCAAACUUAAGAAAUCCCCAGUGAAAUCUGUUGUGAAUGUUUUCUGGUACAUGUACAAUGUAUUUGUAUAGAUUACAUCUCCUAUAAUGAAUUUAUGUUGACAUUAAAGCAUAAAAUUGCAUCACUGACAUUUUUUUAAUGUAUAUGUGUUUUCUUUCUGCAAGUUAGUGUCAUUCGCGUCCGCUGCGUAUUGAAACAGGUGUCGGGGUAAAUAUCUCCUCACACCUGUUUACAUUAUAUUAUACAGAUUUAUGUCUAUAUAGAUUUAUGUCUGUUAUUUAAAAUUAUUAGUUAAAUUCAACAUGAAUAUAUUAAUGUUUAAUUAUUGUAGCAGUAUGUCUGACCAGUAUAUAUGACAUUUUUUUUAAUUUUUUAAUGUCUUCGUUUUCCUAACAUUAAAAUGCUGAUACGGGUAAGGCUUAGAGGGAUAAAAAAAUAUCGUAACAUAAAAUAAGUCAUCCCAAUAAAUCAAAUGAGUAUAUUAAGCCUAGCCUAAAGUUGCCUUCAUUUAAUUUUUUUUUAUCUUAUAAUCAUAAUUACAUGUAUGUUGCUCUCACUCGAAGGUCUGAGGCAUAUUGAAUAGAAAAUUUUAACAGCAAUUAACGACUGUCACCAUUAUUUAAACCAAUUCAACAAUUCAUGAGCACAAUCCAUGUCUUAAAUACUAAAGAAAACAUUGUUUAUUAUUUUAUUUUUAAUUCAUCUGUCCAGAGAUAAAUGGAACUUGUCUAGAUGUCUGGUACUGGAGUCUUGACCCCUAAUCAUUGCCUAAAAACAAAGUGCUAAGCCUAUAAGAAUAAACAGACCCGCAACUUGAAAGGCACAUAGAGCAAAUCUCGCAAACAUCACAUGGUAACUGAAUGAAAUCUCGUUCUUCCAAUGUAUGAAAUUUUUUUAACAGAAGGAUAAAAAUUUGUCAUGAAAAACUUUCUAUUAGAUUGUCAUGAUUGUUUGUUUAUAAUGAUAAUGGUGUUUUUUAAUGUUGACUAUACAUAUAAUUAUUAUAUAUUGUUGUUAGUAUUUUUUACACAGGGAAGGAAGGAAUAAAUUAUGAUUGGAAGUCUGGAAAUUCAGAAUUGGUCUUUUGAAAAUUGGACCCGAUUCAGUCAGCCGUUACCAGUGUAUGAAACAGAAAGCAGAAGGAUAAAAAUUUGUAUCGUGAAAAACUUUCUAUUUUAAGAUCGUUUGUUUAUAAUGUUAAUGGUGUUUUUUUAAUGUUGUUAGUAUUUUCUACAAGAUCACAGGGAAGAAAUGAGUUUAUGAUUGGAAGUCUGAGAAAUCAACAGUGCUCGUUUGAAAAUUGGACCCGAUUCGGUUUAUUACGUGACGGCCGUACAUGUAUCACCAGUUUUAAAUUAAUAAGCGUCUAUCAAUUUGAUCAGGAGUGAUCAAGUCAGCAUUAACCCUUCAAGAUGAUAACACUGGCUAUCGCGGGGAUACAUGCCUGCGGGAGAUGAUCUCCUUUUGCGAUUCUGUAUAUUUAUAGUUAUACUUCUUUGCUAAAAAUCAAUACACCCUAAAAAUUAUUAACCUUCAUAAAAUAGCUCUGAAAACAUCAUGAAAUAAAAGCAGAAAAAUCAAUGGCUAACAUUGUGUUUUGUACCCGCCUUCUGUCAAUCUGUGUCCUGCUGAACAUGAAUGACGUAGAAAUCUUCUUUUAAUUUGAUGCCAAACUUGUGAAGUAUCCGAAGUUCUGCUAGUUAGUAGUACUAGUUGCAAUUUGGAAUACCCAUUCUUACCAAGCAAACGUAAGGCCCGAUUUAAAUCUAUACACAAGCCAUAAUGCUGCUUGAUAGAAAAAUAGAUAACCUUUUCCUCAAUAACAUUCCAUUCCAACUGCAAUAUUCCUUGAUUUGAGACUUUUUGUACCCCCGACAACAAAGUUGUAAGGGGGGGUAUACUGGUUUCAGGUUGUCUGUCUGUCUGUCUGUCUGUCCGUCUGGUCGUCUGUCCGUCUGUCCAUAGACGCAAUCUUGUGCGCACCAUCUCUCCUUAUCCCCUUGACAGAAUUUAGUGAAACUUCACACAAGUGAUCAGUACCAACAGUAGUUGUGCAUGGGGCAUGUUAGGUUCUUUUAGAAAAAGAAUUUGCAGAGUUAUGGGAUUUUGUUUUUUUGUUACUAUACUAUAUACAUAGACACAAUCUUGUGCGCACCAUCUCUCCUCAUUCCCUGGACACAGUUUAAUGAAACUUCACACAAGAGAUCAGUACCAACAGUAGUUGUGCAUGGGGCAUGUUAGGUUCUUUUAGAAAAAAAAUUUGCAGAGUUAUGGGACUUUGUUUUUUUUUUACUAUAAUAUAUACAUAGACACAAUCUUGUGCGCACCAUCUCUCCUCAUCCCCUUGACACAAUUUAAUGAAACUUCACACAAGUGAUCAGUAACAACAGUAGUUGUGCAUGGGGCAUGUUAGGUUCUUUCAGAAAAAAAAAUUCCAGAGUUAUGGGACUUUGUUUUUUUGUUACUAUACUAUAGACAUAGACACAAUCUUGUGCGCACCAUCUCUCCUCAUCCCCUUGACACAAUUUAAUGAAACUUCACACAACUGAUCAGUAACAACAGUAGUUGUGCAUGGGGCAUGUUAGGUUCUUUCAGCAAAAAUUGCAGAGUUAUGGGACUUUGUUUCUUGUUAACAUACUAUGUACAUACAGUCUUCAUAUGCAAUCUUGUGCGUGCCUAAUCUACCAAACCCUUGCACACAAUUUAAUGAAACUUCACACAAGUGAUCAGUACCAACCCUAGUUGUGCAUGGGGCAUGUUACAUUCUUUUAGAUAAAUAUUCUGCAUAGUUAUGGGACUUUGUUUUUUGUUACUAUACUUUAUACAUACAGUCUAUAUACAUACAGUCCACAUAAUUAUGCAGUCUUGUGUGUGUCAGAUUGCAAUGUACUGUGUCAGUGCAUUGGGGGGGGGGGGGUACAUUCAUCACCUUUAGUGAUAGCUCUAGUUUAAACUGUUAAAGUGCAGAAAUCUGUAAUAAUGCUAUCGAUGAGUCAUUUUCUGCUUCUUCGAACGUGUCUGUUAUAAAAACUAUUUUGUGGUUAUUGCAAAAACGGCAGGCAUACGCUAUAUAUUAGUGACACCUUGACAUGGUCUCACGUUCCUAUUAAAAGCUCGUUUUAUGAAAACAAAAUCACCGCAUAAACAGAUAUGUCCUUUAGAAGUUGUUGUUGUUGUUUCAUUCACAAAAACAAGAUGGCGUCAUAAACAACAAUAAUUAUGGAAGUCCGGUAAUACCUAUUAAAACAAAAAAUAUCAUUCGCCUAGAUUUUCUUCUUUAUUCUUAUUAAAAUGCACGAAAGUAGGAUAAUAUACAAACUUCAUCAAAUGCAUUUUUAUGGUGUAAUAACAAUGAAAAUGUGGAUUAUUUUGUCACAGUGUGUUGUUUGGUUUUGUCCAAUGACAUUCCGCGAAGUCAAAUAGUUCUGUUAUUGAACUAGUUUGAUGGGUUUAUUACUGUAUAAAACAGGUUUACCAUACAAGAUAUAAAUACUUUAUAAAUCAUCACGCAGUAACCACUAACCCUUCUUCUCAUUAAACUAUCCGUUUUACAAGAAUUAUUACGCUUCAAUUUGAUGUGUUAUUCGGAUUGUCUCCAAUUUUCGAUGUUCCGCGCGAUGACACACUUUGAAACUGUUAGUGUUAACUAAGCGGCAGAGGCCGCAAGCGGCCCGCCGCAAAAAUUGAAUGAUUAAUCAGAACUAUUUAAAUUAUUUCUUUUGCUGCCAUAUAUGUUGUGAUGUGUGUGUUUGCAUAUGUGUGUGCGUGCAUGCGUAUAUGUGUGCGUGCGUGUGCGUGGAAUGUGUAUGCAACAGAAACAUAAACUUUUUUGUAUAGAACAGUCAUGUAUGUAUAGAUUCAGAAGAUUGAGAAGAUCGUUCUUUGAUGUAUUUGCCAAUUUUGAAAUGUGGUGUAUGUCAUCAGUUUUGAUGAUUAUGUAAUAAUAACAAUACGUAUUAUGGAUGGUUUAAAGAUAGUUUUCCUAUAUAUUGCUGUCUUCAGAUGGAAAUAUUUUCUUAUGUUCAGCAGUUUUAGGAAAAUGUGAUGUGUAAAUAUGAUACAUUGAAUUAUAGCUUGCUCAAGCAUCAGUUGCUAGAGCACCCAGUUUUGCUCAAGAAAUUCAUGUGUUUAUUGAUCCUAUCCGUUAUAUUUCUUUGUUUGGAUCACUUUGGAUAACUAGAUUCUUCUAAUCCCCUUGCCACUAUUUUUAAACAAGUUGUAUAAUUUUUUUUAGGAAAAUCUUGAUCUGUAAACAUUUUCAGAAGUAAUUUUAGUUCAUACUUCUAACAAGCUUAUUGAACUUUUUGUCAUGUCAAGCAUGCGUAGUAUUUUGAAGUUUUAAGUUCACUUCUCUUUCACCACUGUAGGUUUGACAAGUAAAAGCAUUAAUGAGCCGCACCAGCAGAAAACCAACAUAGUGUGUUUGCAACCAGCAUGGAUCCAGACUGUUCACUGGCAGUUUUUCUCUAAUUGCAAUAGGGUUUGAAAGACUGCGUGAAUGCACAGGCUGGUCUUGAUCCAUGCUGGUCGCAAAUGCACUUUGUUGGUUUUCUCAUGAUGCAGCUCAUUUGGUGUUUACGGGCUGGCUGUAGGAUAUUCUUAUUCAAGUGCCUGUCCAUCAUGUCCGUCCCAGUGUUCAGAGUGGCACCUCGAGUCUUCAUCAUUAAAAUGGAAAGUCACCAGUUGACCUAUAAUGUUGGUUUGACUGAAAACAUGAUAUCAUAGCUGCUUAUUUUUAGCUCACCUGUCACAUAGUGACAAGGUGAGCUUUUGUGAUCACGCAGCGUCCGUCGUCCGUGCGUCCGUCCGUAAACUUUUUCUUGUGACCACUCUAGAGGUCACAAGUUUUGUGGGAUCUUUAUGAAAGUUGGUCAGAAUGUUCAUCUUGAUGAUAUCUAGGUCAGGUUCGAAACUGGGUCACUUGCCAUCAAAAACUAGGUCACUAGGUCUAAAAAUAGAAAAACUUGUGACCUCUCUAGAGGCCAUAUAUUUCAAAAGAUCUUCAUGAAAAUUGGUCAGAAUGUUCACCUUGAUGAUAUCUAGGUCAAGUUCGAAAGUUGGUCACGUGCCGUCAAAAACUAGGUCAGUAGGUCUAAAAAUAGAAAAACCUUGUGACCUCUCUAGAGGCCAUAUAUUUCACAAGAUCUUCAUGAAAAUUGGUCAGAAGUUUCACCUUUAUGAUAUCUAGGUCAAGUUCGAAACUGGGUCACGUUCCUUCAAAAACUAGGUCAAUAGGUCAAAUAAUAGAAAAACCUUGUGACCUCUCUGAAGGCCAUAUUUUUCAUGGGAUCUGUAUGAAAGUUGGUCUGAAUGUUCAUCUUGAUGAUAUCUAGGUCAGUUUCGAAACUAGGUCACGUGCGGUCAAAAACUAGGUCAGUAGGUCUAAAAAUAGAAAAACCUUGUGACCUCUCUAGAGGCCAUAUAUUUCAUGAGAUCUUCAUGAAAAUUGGUCAGAAUGUUCACCUUGAUGAUAGCUAGGUCAAGUUUGAAAGUGGGUCAUGUGCCGUCAAAAACUAGGUCAGUAGGUCAAAUAAUAGAAAAACCUUGUGACCUCUCUAGAGGCUAUAUUUUUCAUGGGAUCUGUAUGAAAGUUGGUCUGAAUGUUCAUCUUGAUGAUAUCUAGGUCAAGUUCGAAAGUGGGUCACGUGCCGUCAAAAACUAGGUCAGUAGGUCAAAUAAUAGAAAAACCUUGUGACCUCUCUAAAGGCCAUAUUUUUCAUGGGAUCUGUAUGAAAGUUGGUCUGAAUGUUCAUCUUGAUGAUAUCUAGGUCAAGUUCGAAACAAGGUCAUGUAUGGUCAAAAACUAGGUCAGUAGGUCUAAAAAUAGAAAAACCUUGUUACAUCUCUAGAGGCCAUAUUUGUGAAUGGAUCUUCAUGAAACUUGGUCAAAAUGUUCAUCUUGAUGAUAUCUAGGUCAAGUUUGAAAGUAGGUCACGUGCCUUCAAAAAGUAGGUCAGUAGGUCAAAUAAUAAAAAAACGUUGUGACCUCUCUAGAGGCCAUAUUUUUCAUGGGAUCUGUAUGAAAGUUGGUCUGAAUGUUUAUCAACUGGGUCAUGAGGGAAGAGGUGAGCGAUUCAGGACCAUCAUGGUCCUCUUGUUUAUUAUGUAGUUUUUAGGCAUAUAUAGCUUCACUGUGUAUUCUUGUGUAUAUUAGGCAUAUAUUUGAGCUUCAUGUAUUGCUUUGUCAAGAAGAUCCUAUAGUGUUUGUGCUUCCAGAUGUAUAAAAUUUUACGUAUUGUGCUGUGCCAUGAGAAAACCAACAUAGUGGCUUUGCGACCAGCAUGAAUCCAGACCCGCCUGCACAUCUGCGCAGUCUGGUCAGGAUCCAUGCUGUUCGCCAACAGUUUCUCUUAAUUGCAAUAGGCUUUGAAAGCGGACAGCAUGGAUCCUGACCAGACUGCACGGAUGCGCAGGCUGGUCUGGAUCCAUGCUGGUUGCAAAGCCACUAUGUUGGUUUUCCCAUGGUGCGGCUAAUAUGUUGUCUCAUGCUUUUGACACUUAUACAUGUAUAAAAGGGUACAUUUGUUACUUUCAAGAUAUUAAAUUUAGCCAAAUUUUUAUCCGCUUUUUUAUUCAAGGCUUUAAAUUGUGAGGGUUUUUUUUAAAUAAUUUUCAGAGUAGCCUCUGUUUUGUUAGAUGCUUCUAUCUUUGAAUUCUAUCAGCAAGUCAGCAUAAUAUCAAACUAAAUACUGGAUAUGUAUUUUGACAGAAACUGUGAAAACAACAUCUGAUGGUCAGAGGAAUAUUCCUUCAAUUUGCUUAAUGUAAAAAACACUGAUGUCUGAAUACAAGGCUACUUAAUUGUGUUCUGUUGCUAAUAUAUAUAUAUCAACUUUAUGUAUAUUAUACUUAUGUAUAUAUAUAACAUUAUCAAAGAAAUGCUUACACUUUUUGCUCUGCUUUCUUCCAAGCUUGCGUGUUUUACAUUAUGUGUAGUUAUGUUAAUAUAAUUAUACAAUGGUUGUGUAGGUAAUUUGUUUUGGUGUUUUUUAUUUAUCAAGCAAUUUUAUAUGAUAAAGCUAUUUAUGUUAAUGUUGGUAGAGUUGAGUUAAAUUGAUACGUUAUUAUGUUGAAAUCCUGAAGCUAGUCGAAUAUCUACAUUGUAACCAUUAUAGAUAUACAUAUUUAUAGUAACUUUUUUGUUUUCUGUUCUGCUAAAAAUGUAAGCGUUUUUGAAAAACACAUUUAUUGGCAUUAUCAGGAUUGGACUAAUCCUGACAUUAAAUGAGCCGUGCCAUGGAAAAACCAACAUAGUGGGUUUGCGACCAGCAUGGAUCCAGACCAGCCUGCGCAUCCGCGCAGUCUGGUCAGGAUCCAUGCUGUUUGCUAAUAGUUUCUCCAAUUCCAAUAGGCUUUAAAAGUGAACAGCAUGGAGCCUGACCAGACUGCGCGGAUGCGCAGGCUGGUCUGGAUCCAUGCUGGUCGCAUACCUACUAUGUUGGUUUUCUCAUGGUGCGGCUCAAAUAUGAAUGUUAACAAUGUCUGUUAUAUUAUCUGCAAAUUUAAAAUUAUAUGACUUGCAAAAGGUCAAGGUGUUUUAGAUGUUCUAUACAGUAAAAUUUGAAUAUUGCAAACUUGGGUGUAGCAAUACUUUGGAUAUAAAGAAAGGUUUUCUUUUUUAGUU